AUGAGCAAAUCAUGGCAUUGCAGGCCAAGAUUUCUGAAGCAGAAGCUUGAAACCAAGAAGAAAAGAAAGAAAGAUGACGAUGACAGGAAGCCAGCUCCAAGAAAGAAGAAUCAGAAACAGGAAAGUCCGGAUUGGUUCAACCAUGCACCACCACACGAUAAGAUCAAUGAAACCAAGCAUUGGAAUAAGAUUGAUUGGCAUUGGUGCUGUGACGCGACUGGUGGACACUGUGGAGGAGUUUGGCGAGCUCACAAGCCAAAGGACUGCAAACCGUUCAAAAAGAAGAACAAGUUUGAUCCAAAGAAGAGAUCUUCUGGAGGAGCAGCCCUGAAGAUUGAGUUGAAGACAGCUGUUGACGAAGAAUACUUGGCUGGUUUGACUGGAGGCUACAAAUCGGAUGUCUACAGCACUAGCGAAUGA